CGGGUCCCGGAGGCUUCUGGGUAGCGGUUUACCCCCGCCCCUUGCAUCGGCGCCUUCCUUUUCCUCCCUGACACCGCCGAGGUCGCACGCGUGAGGCCUCUCCGCCGCCGCCGCAGACGCCGCCGCGAUGCGCUACGUCGCCUCCUACCUGCUGGCUGCCCUCGGGGGUAACUCCUCCCCCAGCGCCAAGGACAUCAAGAAGAUCUUGGACAGCGUGGGCAUCGAGGCGGACGACGACCGACUCAACAAGGUUAUUAGUGAGCUGAAUGGAAAAAACAUUGAAGACGUCAUUGCCCAGGGUAUUGGCAAGCUUGCCAGUGUACCUGCCGGUGGGGCUGUGGCCGUCUCCGCUGCCCCAGGCUCUGCAGCACCUGCUGCUGGUUCCGCGCCUGCUGCAGCAGAGGAGAAGAAAGAUGAGAAGAAGGAGGAGUCUGAAGAGUCAGACGAUGACAUGGGAUUUGGCCUCUUUGAUUAAAUUCCUGCUCCCCUGCAAAUAAAGCCUUUUACACAUA